GUAGGUACAUCAAUCGUGAUUUUGAUUUUGAACGAACGAACCGUGCGAUUAUUGCGAACUUCUUCCGGUUAUUUUUCUAAAAAAUAUCAUAAUUUUUUAUUUUAGUUAGUACCUAUACCUACACGUACACAAUAAUGGCUUUGUGUCCUAUUACGUCCACACAAGUUUUGGAGUUUUUGCCUUUGAACACGUGGACCGAGGUUUCUUUGUUACCAAAUAAAUUUAUUAAUGUAUUCUUUGUGACAACAAAGGAUAAAAUGGAUAAGAUAAUGAACGACAUGCAAUUAAUUUCAUUAUCGAGUAGCUCAUUUAAUAAAGUUACACAAUUUGAAAGAUUAAAAAUAGUAGGUGUUGAAAUUGAAGGCGAAUGGUUCAGAGGGAAACUAAUUAGUUUCAAUGAAUUUGUAACUGACAAUACUAUAAUUCAAUUAAUUGACUAUGGCCAAAUUUAUAAAACUAAAUUAGAAAAUCUGUUUGAACUUCCAUAUUUUUUUACGUAUGAUCCAUUAGUUUUACCAGUCACAUUCCAAGAUUUUAUCCCGAAUAAAACAAUAUUUUCUAUAAAACCCCUACUGGCAGAGAGUAAUCUACACGAAGGAGCUGUUCUUGUUGAUGUUAACUGUAAUGAUACAAAGUUGGACAAUUGUAUUAAUGAAAAACAAUUAUUAGAAUCAAAAAAAGACAUUAACUUUGCUAAUGAUUCAAAAAUGAUUAGUGUGAAAAAUGGUCAUGAUAAAAACGAGUCAAGCUUAUAUCCAUUUAGAACUUUCAGAAAAGAUAGCUUUAUUAGCGAAAAAAAACUGAACAAUGUGCAAUUAAAAAAUGAGGAUUAUUGCAUUUUGACUUAUUUUGAAGAUUUUACUAGUUUGUAUGUUGGGAAAGCUAUAAAAUGUGGCAAUAAUGGCAGUUACAAUUUCUUUGAAUAUGAUACUAUAUUUAACACUGCUAACAGUACAGAUAAAAUACUAAAGUAUCGUCCAGUUGUGGGAGACAAGGUCAAAGUUUUUUCAUCUCAAAAGGAUGGAUUAUACAGAGCAAAAAUAUUAAAAAAUUUUGGAGGUUGUUAUGAUGUUUUCUACAUGGACUUUGGAAAUAUUGAAAGAGUUCCAUCAAAUUGUAUUUAUGAAUUGUCUGAUGAAUUGAAGAAGCCUGGAGUAACUGUUAGUAGAAUAGGACUCGGUGAUUUAAAAGGUAUUGAAACAACUCAUCAAAUUAAAGAUAUGUUUCAAAGAUUUUGUGAUGUUAGAAAGCCAUUUAUGAUUGAAUUCAAUGAAAACUCUAAAGAUUGUCUAACAAAUGUAAAAUUAAAAGAUAUAGAAAAUGGAUCAUAUAUUAAUUCUAAAUAUUUAAUGAAACAUACAUCAACACAAACUGGUAAUAUUAUUUAA